AUGGUACCAGAGCAAGAUACUGGCGGUCCUGUCGAGAGACCACGCAGGAAUCUGUCAACCUCAGCCCCUGGACCCAACACCGAGACUGAACAAAUACAAGACGCCGAUGUUCAGAUGCAGCAGGCUCCUCAGGAUGAGGCACAAAAUGCCGGCAAAAUCCAAUCGACAUCACAAGAAUCGCCUCGGCGGUGUGAUCCGGCCCUGCGUUCCUCGACACCCGCUGCCGCAGUUCUAUCAAGAAACCCUUCUAGCAAUUCACCGUCGUCUUCGCCAACGCCAGAACCGGUGGUAACAAGGCAUUCGAGGCGGCACUCUCUUCAUCAGUCGCUACCCGUUGAACCCCCAGUCACAAAAGCUACUCUGAGCGAACUGGACGUAUCAAAGAUCAUCCAUAAUCCCAAGUUACGGCACGACAUAAACUUUGAUCCUGAGCUGCACUUUAGGCCGAAUUUGGAUGGAGAAAAGGGGCGAAAAAAGCAAGAGAGGGCAAAUCAGUUUUGGCGGACAUUAAGGGAGGAAUUGACGCUAUUCAUAACAGACCGACCCGCUUUCGACGCUAAACACGGAGAGACCGACGACUGGACCCUUCCCUCACUGCUCAAGGCCGUCAAGGAAAUAAUUCAGACACUGGUUCCCCAACGUGACCGCCAGUUUUUGGACGAAGGCUUCAAUAUCGAAUUGUUGAUGCAGCAGUUUUACAAGGGCAUCGCCAAUUUGGAAAAGUUGGCUCUCUGGCUUUCCCAAGUGCUCAAGUCUCACUGCGCGCCGAUGCGGGAUGACUGGGUAGACACUAUGUAUACACAGCUUCGCGACGGCAAUCGCGACUCUGAUUUGGAUCAACUUGUUACUGGAAUGCGCAGCCUACUGAGUGUACUGGAAGCUAUGAAGCUGGACGUUGCAAACCAUCAAAUUCGCUGUCUGAGACCUGUCUUGAUUGAGGAUACGACACACUUUGAGCAAAAAUUCUUUGUCAAGAAGAUUCAGUCUCGAAAGGUGGACAUCACCGGGGCUCGGGAAUGGUAUGCAGAAUUCGAGAGAAAUUACUCUGCUACGCUUCCCAACACGACGCAAACGUUUGGCGACAUGGGCGUCUUCUUUGAAGCUCUUUCCCGUCUGGUCCUCCCCUCAUCCGCGGAAAAACGAGUGCCCAGCACCUUCUUGUUCGACGAAGAGCGAAUUAUGAAGCUCCGGUCAGACAUGGUUGACGCAAUCAACUUGGAUAUUUGCAUGCGCAUGUAUGAGGAUCUGGAGCGGGUGGCACGCUAUAGCUCGAGGAUGUUCGGUGGCGAGUGUCGGCCCCUUGACGAGGAUACUUUUAACUCGUCAACAAUGCCAACUUCAGAGUUUGACUUCAACACGCCAUUGUCCAAUUCUAGACCGUCAAGUCUCGCAUUUAGCUCUUCUAGCUCUGCAUCCUCCUCCCCGCGCUCGUCUAUAAUCAUGCCUUCAUAUGUCGCGCCGGAGAAUUGCGAAUCAAGAAUCAAGGCCAAGAAUGUAUACAACUCGCUGGUUGCGUUGUUGCAGUCGACGCCUCCAUCACGAUACUGCAAUCGAUGGCAGACUAUCGCCCCGUCAAUGGCUCUCCAAAUCUUCCGGUAUACCAAUGCCCCGUCGGAACUUCUACCAACGUUUGAGGCGAAGCUUAUGGACAAUGUUUGCCGGGUUGAUUCGCAAAUCUACAAGGAGGUUGAGCAGGCCUUCCACAGCAGGCUAAUGACUGCGUUAGCGGGCCGAGUCCGUGAGUUCAAAGCCCUGUCAGGUGUUUCGCUCUUCGCCAUGGCUACCGGCGGACGAGUGGCCAACAACAAACACUUCUCUCUAUGUCGAGACUCUGAAUCGUCUCUACGAGAUGGACAAGAUGAGGCAGGAGUUGAGGAUAUGGCAACUCGACUGGCCCAUCUCGGUGUUUUGCACUGGCGAGUAUGGGCUCAGCUGGCAUAUCUCGGUGAGCCUGAAGCCAUGUCUGUAGACGUUCCUAGCCACAACAUCUAA